CGUGGGACCCGGCCGGGCCUGCAGUGCGCCGAGGACGCCGCGCGAGCAUGUACAGGCUCCUGAGCCCGAGCCUGGGCCGAGGCCUCCUGCGGGCCGCGGGGCGGCGGUGCCGGACCUGCUCGGCGCGCCUGCUCCCGGGGCCCGCGGGGAGCCGGGCGCCUGAGGUGGCGGUGCCGGCAUUCCGAGUCGCGCCGCGCGGCGGAGGCCCGGGCCUGCUGCCGCUGCUGGCAGCGCUCGCCUGGUUCUCGAGGCCCGCUGCGGCAGAUGAGCAGGAGGAGCGGCAGGGAGCGGGCGGGGCCGCCGCCGAGGGUGCGGCGGACGAGACCGAGGCUGAGAUCAUCCAGCUGCUGAAGAGAGCCAAGUUGAGCAUCAUGAAAGAUGAGCCGGAAGAAGCUGAGCUGAUUUUACAUGACGCUCUUCGGCUUGCCUAUCAGAGUGAUAACAAGAAGGCCAUCACGUACACUUACGAUUUGAUGGCCAACUUAGCAUUUAUACGGGGUCAGCUUGAAAAUGCAGAAAAACUUUUUAAAGCAACAAUGAGUUACCUGCUUGGAGGGGGCAUGCAACAGGAAGACAAUGCAAUAAUUGAAAUCUCUCUAAAGCUGGCCAGUAUCUAUGCUGCUCAGAAUAGACAGGAAUUUGCUCUUGCUGGCUAUGAAUUCUGCAUUUCAACUCUAGAGGAAAAAAUUGAAAGAGAAAAGGAAUUAGCGGAAGACGUUUUGUCAGUGCAAGAGAGGGCCAGCACCCACCUCCUCCUCGGCAUGUGCUUGGACACCUAUGCGCGCUACCUUCUGUUCUCCAAGCAGCCGUCACAGGCACAGAGGAUGUAUGAAAAGGCUUUGCAGAUUUCCGAAGAAAUGCUAGGAGAAAGACACCCACAGACCAUCGUGCUGAUGAGUGACCUGGCGACCACCCUGGACGCGCAGGGCCGCUUCGACGAGGCCUGCGCGUACGUGCAGAGGGCGUCCGACCUGGCCAGGCAGAUCGAGCACCCCGAGCUGCACAUGCUGCUCAGUAACCUGGCCGCCAUCCUCAUGCACCGAGAGCGAUACGCACAAGCAAGAGAGAUCUACCAGGAGGCGCUGAAGCAAGCGGAGCUGAAGAGAGACGAGGUUUCUAUACAGCACAUCAGGGAAGAGCUGGCCGAGCUGUCGAGAAAAAGUAGACCUUUAACUUAAUUUUACGAAGCGCGAGAUCCCUUUUUGUUGUAGGGAAUUUUCAGCAACAGCGAUUAUUCCGGUCUCAGUGAUACCCAAAUCAGUGGCUUAGAUCCUUUCUCCUUGAUAUUCAAGUUUUGUCAGUGUGGCUGUGGUGAAGGACAAGUUGUAUACACUGCCACUUUGUGUUUUUAAAGGAAAAACAACUCUCACCCCUGGCUGGUUUUGCCUCUAAGGACAGAUGUCAAGUGAUGCUUUCAGUCGUGACCUCUGAGAGGGUCCGGGCGCGCGGGUCUUGGGGGCACCGCGGAUGGCGAGGGGCUGGGCCGCCGUCGGCUGGG